AUGCUCACAGAAAGCUUCAUUGCAGCGACAUUAACUGCCAAUAAAGCUGCAGCACAUGCCAGCGCCGCCUUGAAGGAUGUAGGCAUUUUCCUGCACGAAUUUCAACCUCAGCGUGCCUUUCGGCAUGGCUUCAAAAAGAGUUCCAGUCACCCCGGCUGUGUGACCAUCAGCGAUUCGCACAUCUUCGCGGCCCAGGCAGACAAAGCAGUGGUGAAUGUCUAUAGUCGAGAAAAGGGCAAUCAAGAAGCCACAGUCCCGUUCCCUGAGCGGGUAUCCAGUCUCGCCUAUGCCCACGGGGCAGAAAUCUUGGUUUUGGGAACUGAAGAAGGGAGAUUGAUUCUGUGGGAAGUUGCAACAGGCAGAGUAACAAACUCAGCGGCCUCUCAUCUCCAAGCUGUUUCUUGUCUUUGCAUCACUCCUAAGAACGAAUACAUCAUUUCUGGCUCUGCUGACUCGAGUAUUCACGUUUGGUCGCUAGCAAAACUAGUUUCCUUCACGCCACUGUCAGAUAGCUAUGGCAAUGAUGGUGCGUCAAAUACGCCCGUCAAGACCUUCUCCGGCCAUCGGACGUCCGUCAGUGCGGUGACCUGUGGCCACUCCAGCGUCUCUACGAAUUUUGCUGUUUCAGCUUCCAACGAUGGGACGUGCCGCGUCUGGCAUAUCGAAUCGUGUCAAGUUUUGCGGACUCUCUUGCUGCCCUCCCACGCUGUUUCCGUCACACUUGACCCCGCGGAUAGGGCCAUAUAUUUCGGUUGCAGUGAUGGAAGGAUUCAGUCUUGGGACAUCUUCCAACAAUCACCUGCAAGCAGUCUUUCAUUAUCUGCUCAGUCAGCUGCACCAGCGAUACAAUUUCAGGAUAAGGACAGCUGGAAAGCCCCUUCUACCGACCUUGGAAAGGCGAAUUGUGUCACACUAUCCUACGAUGGGACAUCCCUCCUCUCAGGCCAUGUAAAUGGGACCGUCAUUCGCUGGGAUGUUGCCAAGCGUCGAAUUCUACAAGAGCUUACGAAUCUCGGCCAACCAGUCACCAAUAUCGAGAUGCUCAAGCCUGAGGGCUUUCCGAACGCGAAAAGACCUAGAUACACUAUCACAAGCGUUGUGAAACCCAACCUGGAGCUGGCCUCGUUGAAUGACAAUGGUACCUGCGGCAUCCCUACGACAUAUGGCCUCCAUGUGUCGAUCACGGCUCCAGGGAGCCUAUCCGAACACGACGAGUUCGAACAAGCUCUUGGCGGUCCAGGAUUUACCCAAUCCAUGAUGGAUGCGGCCAUCCGCUCUCUGGCGAUGGGGGACAACGCCACGCAAAUGUCGCUCCCGGCAGACGCCGCCGAAACAUCCAAAGCAGAAAGACUUGAAGAGGAGGUUUCCAAGCUAAAGCAGCAACUCGCCGUCCUGCACAACCUGGAAGAAGAUCGAAGGGAACGGAAGCUUACAAGAAUGGCUAAACGAGAGGAACUAGCGUCAAAGAAGAGAGCAGCGUAUUUUGAAGCGAAAAAGAAGGGAAAGGACGGGGACGCGGCGAUGAAGAAGUGGGAGAAGAAGGAAGCAGAGCUUGAUCGCGAGAGCGAGGAAGAAGAUCUCGGAAGGGGGGACGAAAUGGAGGUCGGCUGA